AUGGCUAGCUAUAAGAAAGGUGACGAGGUCGAGUACAGACCAAUUGGCGGUGCCGCUGAUAACGUCUCGCACUCCACUGGGACAAUAACUGAGGUUGUUCAGGCAGAGGGGGAGUACAAGUACACCAUCCACAAUGAUAACACCGGCAAAUCAACCACCUACCAGGAUAUGAACAUUGUUGGCGUUAUUCGCGCGGCUGCUGGACACCAUGAGCCCUCGACCAAAAAGGCGGCCCACCAGGCCUCUACCGCUCAUUCCAAGGCAAGCGAAACGGUUUCGACUACAUCUUCCUCGGUCGGCUACAAGAAAGGUGACACGGUCGAGUAUAGGCCUAUCGGAGGUGCCGCUGAUACCGUUUCUCACUCGACCGGGACUAUCACUGAUAUUGUUGAAGAGGAUGGAGAGACGAAAUACACCAUCCGAAACGACAGUACCGGCAAGGAGACAACUUACCAGGAGAUGAACAUCGUAGGCAAGGCGGCCUAG